AUGAAUAAAAGCACUCCAGUCUGCCUGCUCCCUAUCGAGCUGCUGUCGUCCAUUUUCGUCUUGGUCGUCCGCGAUGAGAUUAGGGACUACUAUAGAGCAGCAAAAGAAGACCAAACGUUCUUCGUCAAUGCGCCACUGAGACUCUCCUGGGUAUGCCAAUAUUUCCGCGCUGUGGUGCAAAAUACUCCACAGUGCUGGACCUUCACUCAAAUGGAUGCCGCGAAAUCUAUUCAAGAGCGGCUCCUCUACUAUUCGCUGCGGUGGAAACAGAUGCCGGGAACAGUCGUCGCGGAAAAUGCGACUUUCAACGGGGGAUCUCAACGCUAUACCCUCAUGUCCUUAUUUCCUACUGGCAUGGUGGCGGAGUAUGUGUAUCGCGAGCGUGCAGGCGAAAGGGCAUCCUGGUCGCCUGUCGAGCUUCCAAUGGCGACCAAAGUUAUCAUACAUCUCCGAGACAUUGGGGAGGAUUCAGUCAGACACGGGAAUUGGACCCAGAGUUUUCGUUACUCGAGCGCGCCAAUUCUCGUUGCAGAGAUAUAUAAUUGCGUCCUGAUGGACCUACCGAAAACCCUUGAAGAGCUCAAAUGGAGUGUUAGGACGUCCCUUCGAUUCCAUCAGCUCGCCGCUGUCAUCACCCUGCCAAACCUACGACGACUGCACCUCUGCCAUCUAACCUUUGCCACCAGAGCGUUAAUGCCAAGACAGAACCCUCUCGUGAACCUGACGCAUUUGGUUCUGGAGAAUAUGUCUUGCCAGCUACUCCGAUACCUCUCGCCGCAUCUCCUCCCGGCCCUCCGCCAUUUGGGGCUGUUCGAUUUUGCGUUUGCAGAAGACAGGUUGGAAAUGUUUAUUCGUGGCAUCUCGUCACACCUAUCGUUCUUGGAUAUAGUUGGUCCUCCAGCGUUGCAGCUGAGCGAAUGGCGACCUCUGCUGAGCGCUGCGACGAAUGUCGUCGAGCUCACGAUUGGUAUUAGAGGACCGGUGAAUGUGAUCUCUAAUAGAAACUUUCUCGAGGCGCUGGCAGAUCCUACUGCUGGUUUGCCUAGUCUCUCGACUCUUGUCAUUCACAGCCAGCUCCCCUAUCUCCCGCCAGCUGCAUUUUCAGAUCAGAUAUCCAGUAUUGUAGGGGCUCGUCAAGUGACGUUGGCAUGA